AUGACGACGCCGGCGAUAUCUGCGGUGAUCCGCAAAUACGGCGCGCUGGGCGGCUUCGUACUCACGGCCAGCCACAAUCCUGCCGGCCUGCUUGGCGACUUCGGCAUCAAGUUCAACGGCUCCAACGGCGGUCCGGCGCCGCUUCCCUUCACCAAAACUGUUCACAUCACCUCGCGGCACAUAAAGAGCUACAAGACCCUGAGCAACCUGACUGUCGAUCUCUCAGACAUUGCGACCCACUGGUUCAACGUCGAGGGGCGAGAAUUCCUAGUGCAGGUGAUCGACUCGGUGGAUGACUACGUGCAGCUGGUAAAGGAUAUAUUUGAUUUUCCGCAUCUGAGCCGGCUGCUAACGGAAGGUCUUGGAGGAGAGCCUUUCCGCCUGCUCGUGGAUUGCAUGCACGGAUCUAGCGGACCGUACGCGCACAGAAUAUUCUGCGAUGAAAUGGGAGCGCCACCUGAGACGGUGAUGAACGCGAAGCCGGUGGAGGACUUCGGUAACCACCCGGCGGACCCGAACAUGACGCGCGCCAGCCAGCUGCUGGAGCGAGCGCGGGCCGGCGCCUGCGACCUGGGCGCCGCGCUGGACGGCGACGGCGACCGCUGCCUGCUCGUGGGCCGCGGCGGGCUGUUCGUGCCGCCCGCCGACUCGCUGGCCGUGCUGGCCGCGCACCUCUGCUGCAUCCCCUACUUCUACAGCCGCACCACGCCCGGCUUCGCCAGGAGCAUGCCCACCGCCGCCGCCGUCGACCGCGUCGCCAAGGAGCUCGGCCUCGAGUGCUACGAGAGAGGUGGUGGACAGGUGCCGACAGGCUGGAAGUACUUCGGGAACCUGAUGGACGCGGGCCUGGUGUGCCUGUGCGGCGAGGAGAGCUUCGGCACGGGCUCGGACCACAUCCGCGAGAAGGACGCGCUCUGGGCCGUGCUGGCCUGGCUCUCCGUCGUGGCCGACCUGCGCCUGCACGUCCACCAGAUACUCGCCGACCACUGGAAGCACUUCGGCCGCCACUACUUCCAGAGAUACUGGUGCUAUAAAUGCCAAGGUGUUGCAGUGUGGCUAGCUGUAAAAGGAAUUACAGAUCUGAAAACGAAGCUGUUAUCACUUUUCUUUAAGAAACGAUGA